UAAAGUCGAACCGUUCUUUAUACAACCUAUUUCUUAAGGAACUUUCAAAGUGUGAAAUACUCAAAAUGAAAUUAAUUCUAUCAAUUUUUUUGACUAUCUGUCUUUUUGCAUCGGUAUUUGGUGAUGGAUGUAUUAUGGAUGGAACAAGUCUUGAGGUUGGUGAAUCUUACACCCCUCCUGGAACGUGUGCUAGAUUUAAGUGUCAUGCAAAUGGGGACGUAACUGGCUUAGCUUGCCCAGUAAUGUUUGCCGGGCCCGAAUGCGAUUAUAUCCCAGAAGAUACUUCAAAGUCUUACCCAGAUUGUUGUGCUUCUUUUGUGUGUCCAUAAUUGUGAUGAAUGAACGACGACGAUACCUGGUGAAGCAAGUCUUUUCUUGAAUUAUUAAGAUGAAUUAAAAUAUUCCGAAU